CCCCUUUCCCGGUGCCUGUCGUCCACUCCCCCUCUUUCGCCGCUUGCCGCCGAGCCAGCAUUGUUGGUCAGCCUGUCACAGUCCGACACGGUCUCGCCUUUUGCGCCCAUCCCAGACCGCGCGGCCAGCCAUGGCGUCGACGAACGACGACCAGGAGAAGGUACUCCUCCCGAACGGCGAGGAGAGCCGAACACACGUGGUGCCAGACCGCGGCGUCCCCUGGUGCCGCUUGGCGUUGUCGCUCGCGUUGCUCGCCGGGCUCGGGGCUUGUGUGGUCUUCGGGCGCCCGACGCUGCGGCGCGAGCUGCAGCUCGAGCUGUGCAGGCGUACGGGCGUGCACCCGCCGGGGGGCUGCCCCAAGCUCGAGGACGUGCGCCGGCUGUGGAUUUCGCGGGACCUGCGCGAGGUGGACGUGCCCCCGUUCGAUCCCGGGGCCUCGGUGGAGGAGAACGCCAACGCCGCAUUCGACGCGUUGAUGGCGGCGGGUAUGGCGGGGGAGCUCAACGAGGUCGAGCGAGAGUCGUUUCACAUGCACUUCCUGCACGGGGCCUCCGUGCUGUCGAAGGGCAAGGAGGGCGAGGAGCUCGUCGCCGCCUGGGAGAGCGUCGUGCGCGAGGCGCUGGAGAUGGAGAAGCCCAUGGCGACGAAGGCGCUUGAGGAGGCGGUGAACAGCGCGGAGGACGCCCACUUCUUCGUUUCCGUCCCAGGGUGGAUGGAGAACAUGACGCGCUCGGACCACCUUCGCCAGCUCGGCCGGGUCCCCCCGCCGAACGAGUCCAAUGGCAGCCUCCCUCCGCCGGCCCCGGCGAUGGACGAGGAGGAGGUGGCCAGGAGGCUGUCGCAGAUGCCCGAGAGUUUUUCCGCCAGCGAGAAUUGGCCGCACUGCGCCAGCGUCUUCGACAAGGUGCACAAUCAGGGGUUGUGCGGGAGCUGCUGGGCUUUCGCUGGGGUGCACGUCGUCGAGUCCCGGUUGUGCAUCGCGACGGGGGGGGCCGUUGCUGCGCAGUUCAGCCGCGGCUUCGUCACCUCGUGCGCCAGAAAUAACGGCUGGGACUUCGAUGGUUGCAGAGGAGGCCUCGGUUCUUGGGCCUGGGAGCCCUUCGCGAGCACCGGGGUCCCGACUGGAGGACAGUCCGGCUGCGUGCCGUAUUGGGCGACGGGAGCAGGCGUGCACCACUUCGAGGCAGGGGCGGCGGAGGCGAGCUGCCCGUCCCGGUGCUCCAACGCGGAGUACGACAGGGCCAUGCCCGAGGACUCGAUCCGGCUGCCCGAGCUCGAUGCCCCCGCCGUCAUCACGGUGUACCCGGGCCCAGGAUGGGGCUGGGUGCUGGAGGUGCAGCAGGCGCUCAUGGAGCAGGGCAUGUGCCUCGCUGGAGUGGCGGGCGGAGACGCGGUCUUCAUGGCCUACCGGUCGGGGGUCUACGACGUGCCCUGCCGAUGGGCCGAUUGCAACCACGAGACCGUGAUCUCGGGCUGGGGUGCCGAGGGCCCCCUCUAUGAGGGGCGGCCGUUCCACUUCGUGCUGCACAAUUCGUGGGGCGGCGAGUGGGGCGAGGGGGGCAAGAUGAAAAUCGCUCCCCUCGGCCUUUGCGACGUGGUCAUGCCCGGCGUUGCGAUUGGCAGCGACGUCGAUUGGGGCCCUCCCCUCGAGCCCCCGCCCCCGCCACCAGACACGUGCACGGCAGACGGCUGCGUUCCAUUCGACAACGACGCGUGCCUCCAGGCCACGCCAAAGUGGGGCUCACACCAUGACUGCGCAUCCUCGACUAGGUGGUGCGACUCGUGGGCCAAGGACAUGCAUCGCUGCUGUUCGCUUUCUUGCAACGUCAGCUACCUCACCGAAGAGUCUUGUGACGCGGUAGACGCCAUCGUGAAGGGUUAUAACGGCACUUGCGAAUACCCGCACGAGGGGUCGGACUGCACAAUCGCGUCCAGAGCGUUCGACAACGAUGCGUGCCUCAAGGCAUCGUUUGGUUGGGGCCCAGCCUAUCACUGCGCAGGCUCGACACAUUGGUGCGACUCGUGGGCUAAGGACAUGCAUCGCUGCUGUUCGCUUUCUUGCAACGUUGGCUACCUCGCCGAAGAGGCAUGUGAAGCCAGCAACGCGAUGGGCUCCUGCCAGUAUCCCCACGAGGGGUCGGACCGUGGGCCGCAGGGCGGGUGCGUGUUUCCAUUCUUCUUCUCGGGCAAGCGGUUCGAGGCGUGCACCACCGAGCUGGCGCUGCCAGGGCAGAAGCGGGACGAGGCGCUCUCGAGCGAGCCCUUGUGCGCCACCGAGGUGGGGGACGACCUCGAGGCGAAGGCCAUGGGGGUAUGCGACCGCUCCUGCUUCGCGUCUGAGUGGUUCCGUGUGACGGCCGGCCCCUGCGCCGCUUCGGAGGGGGGCAGGUGCCUCACGAGGGAGCACUACGGCGACCUCGAGGGCUGCACCGUCGCCGUCACUAGCGCCGCGGCCCUGCACUCGCAUUGGUUCAACACUGAGAAGGGGUUUGACAUACUGACCAUCGACGGCCAGACUUUUUCUGGGCCGUCAGAUCCAUCUGGCUGGGGCGCCAUCAUUGCUGGAGGUCAUCCAGAGGUCAUCAGUGGCGUCCAUGUGGACACAGGCAGCACGAUCGUGUGGACUUCUGACGAGAUUGAGGGAGCACAUGGGUUCAAGGUCUGCAACUUCGCGCCCUGAGACCAGGCUCCUCCCUCCUACUCUCCCGCUGGGCCUGCUCCCUCCUUCUGGUUCUGGUUCUGACAACCCCGAAUGGGGCGUUCGGCCUGGCCUGGGCAAAGCAGUUCCUGGUAUGUUCCCUCCCGGACAGCAGCGAUUGCUGCGCACAGCCCAGCGCCGAGUGGCCCGGCUGCGCUUGCGUCGGGGCGGCGGUCGGCGGCUGGGCAAGUGCUCUCUGCUCGGCCCAAUCCCCCUUGGGCACGUUCCCUGCUCCUCCUGCUCCUCCUGCUCCGCUCUCCUCCCACUCUUCCGUCUCCCCCUCCGCUUCGCUGGUGCGGUAACGAUUUCCAGACGUCCUUCUGACCCAGGGGACACCGAUGCAUUUUGCAUCUGCGGGUUGUGCCGAUGGCGCGUCUGGUCACCAGAACAUGUGUGCUCGGAUGCCCAGCGAGCCUUGGCAAAACUGUCCCGAAUGCGCCAAACGUUUCGGGACAUGGAG